AUCUAAUUUCAUUGCCUUGACCGAUAUCAACCGCUGUUCCUCCUUCUAACGGAUAAAGUAACGUCACUCUCUCUCUCUCUCUCUCUCUCUCUCUCAGACUCCAAUGGCUUCUUCUUCAAUCUUCUCUACUCCCUGCUUACAUUACCGGAACUCACUAAAAUCCCUUGAUUCUGAGCUCCUCAACACAUCUUUCUGUAACUUGAGACCUAGUUUGACAUUCAAGAAGAAAUUUUCAUCCCCGAAGCAUCGCUUCCUUUCCAACGACGUCAGCCUUGUCGGGAGGAUCAGCCCUGUUUCCUGCAGAAGUACGUCAACCAUACCUGUUAACACAAGGGAUUACGAGUUUACUGAUGGUGCUACUGAGGUGGAACUGAGACUAAAGCUGGGGAGCAGAGAUAUUGAAAUCUCCAAAGAUAUAUUGGUGGAUUCCAAUGAGAGCUCCUUGAUGAUCAAAAUGCACAGCUCUGGGUCUCUUGUCACUCUUAUAGAAAUUAACCAUCUGUAUGAGAAGAUAAAGCCUGCUGAAACUAUAUGGUAUGUAGAUGAGGAUGAAUUGGUGGUGAACUUAAAAAAGCAUGAUCCAGACUUGAAGUGGCCUGAUAUCGUGGAGUCAUGGGAGUCUCUUUCAGUAGGACUCGGGCAGCUAUUGAAAGGAACUUCAAUCUACGUAGUUGGGGAGUCAACAGAAAUAAACCAGAAAAUUGCUCGUGAACUUGCUGUUGGUCUUGGGUACACUCCACUUAGUACAAGUGACUUACUGGAAGCAUUUUCCAAUCAAAAAAUUGAUUCAUGGGUUGAAGCAGAAGGAGUAGAUUCUGUAGCAGAAGCAGAAGCUGCUGUAUUUGAAAGCCUCAGUAGUCAUGUUCGUGCUGUUGUAGCAACACUAGGAGGAACUCAUGGAGCUGCUGGGAGGACUGAUAAAUGGCGGCAUCUUUAUGCAGGGUUUACCGUAUGGUUGUCACAAUCUGAAGCUACAGUCAAUGCAGAUGAAGAUUCAGCCAAAGAGGAGGAUUGGAAAAGCAUCGAUGAUGGAAGCCAAGCAUACUCCAAUGCCGAUGUUGUUGUCAAGCUUGGGGGUUGGGAUCCUGAUUACUCGAAGACUGUGGCUCAGGCUUCCUUGAGUUCCUUAAAAAUGUUAAUUUUAUCAGAUAAGAAACUUCCAGGGAAGAAGAGUCUCUAUAUCAGGUUAGGGUGUCGCGGUGAUUGGCCAAACAUUAACCCUCCAGGUUUGGAUCCAUCAAGUGGGGCUGAUAUAUAUCAGGAGGCAUAGUACAAGAAUGACUGGCAAGGCA